AGGAAUUGAACUGGUGACCUCUGGGUGCAUGGGUUGACAUUCAACCACUGAGCCACACCAGUCGGCCCAUGUUACCCACUUUUGAAGAAAUACAUACCCACCUUCAGCAAGAGAGAAACAGCUUCCCUCAACUCACCCUCUUUAUUCCUUACAGAGAUGUCUAGACUUAGGGUAGGUUCCACAGAUAGUGUUAAUGAAGACUUCAAAACGUAUAUCUUAAAAAAGAACGUCAAGAAAUUUUUGAAGGAACUCCAAGUUGCUGGCCAGUUAUCAGAAGAUGAUAUCGAACAAACCCUCAAAUUACUGGAAUUCAAAAUCUUAAAUAAUAAAUUGGCGCCUCCACUGUGCCAGAAGAUGACAAAUGUCAUUGUCAACUACCUGAGGACAAUGAAGCCAAAGGGAGAACUGGAGAAGAUAUGCACUGCGGUCCUAAUGGCUCUGGGGUCCCAGUCUCCAGAAAUGAUCAUUGCCAAGCUAUGGGAAAGACCGCACAUGUACAGUCUGCCCCCAGGGAGCCUCCUGGUUGCAGUGGGGAAGCUCCUCGUUUCCCAAGAUGCUGCUUUCUACAUUGGUUCCAUAUGGAACUCUAUCCUGCACUUUCUGAGGAUGGUCCAAGAGGAGGAUGACAUGUUGGCAAUAUGUAAAGUACUCUACGGAUUGGUCAGCAUUUCCCAGAAGCAUCUGGGUGAUGAUAAAGCAAUGGGCAUCACUCAAAAGGAAUUGUCCAUCAAGGCCUACCAAACUUUCCGGGUCCUCUUCAACCGUUGGCCUUUGAAGAGCAAGGACAAGGUGACAGAGCAGGUUCUGGUGAUAUUUGGCCAUCUCUUCUUCCUCAUACCAUCAUCCAAACUCAAGAAUCAAGUGAACCGGUUAACCCGAUGGUUAAUGACUUUGAUGUCCACAGAAGUGACAUCUUUCUACAUUUCCCAGUGUAUCUACCAGUUCGUGACUGCUCUGGCUGUCAACGACUGCGGAGGUAGAAACUUGGAAUCCCAGCUGGAAAACAUUUCAGGCAUGCUGUUUGACCAGCUGAGUAAAGAAGUCAACCAAUCAGGUCCUUACUCUGGAGAGAACUUCAGCUUCACCAUGAAGGCGUUCUUCAUCCUGACCAGGUUAUACAAGGAUCAGCUGAUAUUCUUAAUACGGAAGACCAUGGAGUCCAGUGAUACAGCCAAGAUAGUAUCAGCCCUUCAAGUGUUCAGGAAUGUGUUUCAGGAAGGUGAGUGGGAAUUGAGCCUGGUUUUAGGGAUCUCCUUUCUCAUAAGAUCUUCUUUCUCUGGGAAACAGUCCCAUAGAGUAGCUAAAAGCAGUUUUAAACUCAAUGGGUUCAAAUCUUGGCUUUGA